CGUAUUUAAUCACCUUUUACUUUAUCAAUAUUAAUUCUUUAAACGCAACUGAACCUACACAAGGCCACUGGACUCUCCCACUGAAAUAACACUGUAUUCAAGACAACUCAGAUAGCACACAGUAAUCGACAAACAAUCUGCCUCAAGUGUCAACACAGCGGGAUAGCCCCGUUUCCUGUCAUCCUAUACAACUGAUUUUGCGGACUUGAAAAUCGAUCACAACAGCUGAAUGUAUUUACUAACACAGUGAGUCACAAAGUCGCCCGGUUAAAUCACUUCCUUCAUUGAAUAAAUUCUCUUCUCUGUGUCAAGACGUGUAAUAUGGACCUGAAAAUCUUGUGUACUUUGGUGGUGUUCUGCUUUGGUAUAAGCACAACAGUUGGACAGUUAUGUGCAGACAAACUGAGUUACUGUUCUCAAUGGCCUGACAGUUACUGUACGACGUAUAAGGAUUACAUGAAGACAAACUGCCCAAAGAAAUGUGGUUAUUGUACAGUAGUGAAACCCACAGACUCAGGAACAGCGUGCACUGAUAAACAGUCGUCAAGUAACUGUGUUCGUUGGAAAAAUUCUGGUUAUUGUGCCGAUGGUCAUCGCUUCCAGCAAUACAUGAAAGACAACUGUCAAAAGACCUGUGGGUUUUGUGGCUCGUGUUCUGCUUCCAGUAAACUUGACGGAUGUUCAUUCGACUCUGAUUCGUGUGAUUUUGUCGAUGUUCCAUUUGAUGAUGAUCAUGAUUUUGUUUUGCAAACCAGUGGUGGACAAGAUAACGGGGGUUAUCUAUCGUCCACAGGGCGUGGUAAGGCUGAUCUCAUUGUACCACUGGAGUUACUUGUUUCUCACAAUGGAGAUUACGGCACAAUGUGCAUGGAAUUCUAUUACAGAAUUCGAAGUGGAUCACUGGUGGUUUAUCAAGUCACCAAUGGCAAGACCUAUCCAAAAGAGACCAAGCUACAAUUGUCUGACUCUAGGGGCUCGUGGAAGAAGGCGAGAGUGAACUUCAGAGCGUCACAGAAAUACCACUUGUUGUUCCGUUCCACGCCCAACUCAGGAUCUGUCCACAUCGACAAUGUUCGAUUUUGCAGUCGUUGCAAUUAAAAGGACGAAAGAAGAGUCUGUGUUUUAAGUGAAAUUACAUUCACACGCACUCAUAUAUUUGAAAACAUACUGUAUGGAAUGUUCUAAAUAAAAUAAUAAAAAAUA